GUGAAAACGAUUAUGUGGGGUCUAAAUUAAUUUGGACACAUGCCUGCACUCUAUCUGGAUAUCAUGAUCGGACAGUUUUCUCAGUUGACUGGUUGAGGGAAAUGAUCCGUUGUUUACCUGAAGGGCAGGAGGAUCCAGGAAUUUUUGCCAGUGCUGGAGCUGACAACGCUAUACGUUUGUUCAUCGAGAACAAGGACAAUGAGGUUGAUGGACUUACAUUUAAGCUACUUUUGAAGAAGGAGAAGGCUCAUGAAAUGAAUAUAAGUUCUGUGAAAUGGAAAGCUGGGGAUAGAAGGCUUUUGGCGUCGGCCAGUGAUGAUGGGACAGUGAAGAUAUGGGAGUUGGUUUGCCCCUGUCCUGCUGGGGCAUCAUAGCUGAUACUGGAAAACAAUGUUUGUUGUUAUAGUAAUUUUGAAGCCACAAGACUUCUUUUCCCUUUUUUCCCCCUCUUGGAGGCAGUUCUGAUUCAUAUAUAGCAAUAUCAUUACUACAUUUUUUUGCUUGAAUUUGAGACUGACCUCUGCUUAAGGGUAAAGAGACCCUAUCAAUCCACCACAAUCCUUGGUGAUAUCAUUACUACAUAUUAUACUAGAAAAGCAAGAGAAUGGAUCUGCAAAAUUUCUCAAUAUAACUUAAAGCUGAGACCAUCUUUUUGGAUAGGGUCUCUAUCUCUGUAAGAUAUUUUUAUGCAUGUUCUAUGACAAUCUGCUGUCAUAUUUAUCGAUGAUGUAGAAAUAUAAUUCACAGCAGAGACAGAUCCAAGAUUUGAAGUUUAUGAGUUCUGGCGACCCCUCGCUAGACACCGAACCCCCUACUUAUAUAUGUUGUUGGUUUCACAUUGUAUUAUUGGUACGUAUUUAGUGAAUUUCUCAACAUAUAUACUGUAUCAUAUGCUUUGCAUCAGCCUUGAUUCAUAGUAAUUUUGAGCCUUUUGAAGCCUUAGACUACUACCUUUUUUUUUUUUUUGGUUCUCUUAGUGGUCUAAUCCAGGAUGUAGCUAUAUCACUACUAUAUAUUUUUUCUACCAGAAAUAAAAGAAUGAAUCUGCAAAAUUUUCAAUAACUUAAAGAUGGGACCAUCUUUUUCUGGGUGGAUUCUUUAUUUCUGUAUGAUAUUCUUAUGCAUGGUAUAUGGCAAGUUGGACUUUAGCAUCCAAGGAUGCAUC